UCGUCUUCUACCUCUCCGUCACACAAAUUUUCAAAACCUUCAUUUCACACCAAAUCAAAGAUCGGAUCCAACAAUCGCCACUGAAGACGAAGCUAUAUAUACUCCAAUCUCAAUUCCUUCUCCAAAGCCUCCGAGUUAACUCGCCCUCUGAAAGUCUCAAUCGACUCAUUAGCUUUCAGCAAAACGACAAUCGUCGGAGAGGGCGAGAGUGAUGGCGGAUCCGGCCAGCACGCCACUUGGAAAAAUGCUAUUGGAGGAGAUCACUCCUGUUGUUAUGGUACUCUGUACUCCAUACGUAGAAGAAUCUUGCCUUAAGAACGGUCUUUCCUUAAUUCAAUUGCUUUCCCCUUUCUGCGACUUCACCAACAUUGACGUGCCUGUAAGGACGGCGAGUGAUCAACCCUACAGGCUGAGGAAGUUCAAAUUGCGCUUGUUUUACUCCUCAGAUAUUCGACAACCGAAUCUCGAGGUAGCAAAGGAGAGGCUAAAGAAGGUUAUUACCCAUGUGGGAGAGAAAAAUUUUCUCGAAUCUUCAGACCCAUCUCAAGUUAACAAUCUUCUCUCUAGGCCUGAGUCUGAAAUGUUACCAUCGUGGUUUCAGUUUUUUAACAAAGAGCUUGUACGUACCUUGUCUUUUUCAGAUCAUGAAGCUUUUGACCAUCCUGUGGCAUGCCUUUUGGUUGUGUCGUCGAAGGAUGAUGAACCCGUAAACAGAUUUGUAGACCUCUUUAACACCAACAAAUUGCCUUCUCUUCUCAAUGACGGUGCAAUGGACCCAAAGAUAAUGAAGCAUUACUUACUUUUGCACGAUAAUCAAGAUGGCCCUUUCAAUAAGGCUACUAAACUUUUGGCAGACAUGAGAAAUGCAUUUGGACAAAAUGACUGUCAAAUAAUUUGCUUUAACUCUUCUCAAGAUGGGAAAAUCCAUCAUCAAGAUAAUCCUUGGGCUCCAUUUAAAUCUGAUGCUUUACCUACUGAAAAUCUUGGUGGUUUCCUCAAUCUUGAUGACUUAAACGAGAUAAAGGAUUUUAUGCAAGAAUUAUCAUCUAAACAUAUCAUUCCUUACAUGGAACAAAAGAUACGUGUGUUGAACCAACAGGUUUCUGCUACAAGGAAAGGUUUUAGGAACCAAAUUAAAAAUUUGUGGUGGAGGAAGGGGAAAGAAGAUACAAUAGACACCCCUAAUGGUCCUGUGUAUACCUUUAAUUCAAUUGAAUCCCAGAUUAGAAUCUUAGGUGACUAUGCAUUCAUGUUAGGAGACUAUGAACUUGCACUAUCGAAUUAUCGCCUAAUUUCCACCGAUUACAAGCUCGAUAAAGCCUGGAAGCGCUAUGCUGGUGUGCAGGAGAUGAUGGGGCUUACAUACUUCUUGCUUGAUCAAUCAAGAAAAGACGCAGAGUACUGCAUGGAAAAUGCAUUUAAUACUUAUUUAAAACUUGGAUCAGCUGGCCGACGAAAUACUACUAGAUGUGGUCUCUGGUGGGCAGAGAUGCUCAAGACAAGAGAUCAGCUUAAAGAAGCUGCUACUGUUUAUUUUCGCAUUUGUGGUGAGGAUACUUUACAUUCGGCUGUGAUGCUUGAGCAAGCAUCUUUUUGCUACUUGUUAUCAAAACCACCAAUGUUGCAUAAAUAUGGGUUUCAUCUUGUUCUCUCUGGUGAUCAUUACAAAAAAUGUGAUCAGAUUAAACAUGCAAUUCGCACAUAUAGAAGUGCUAUUCCUGUUUAUAAGGGAACCACUUGGAGUCUCAUCAAAGAUCACGUUCAUUUCCACAUUGGACAGUGGUAUGCUUUACUUGGCAUGUAUGAUGUUGCUGUCACUCAUAUGUUGGAGGUCUUGGCCAGCACUCAUCAGUCAAAGACAACGCAGGAGCUCUUUCUGAGAGAUUUUCUUCAGAUUGUCCAGAAAACUGGGAAGACAUUUGAGGUGCUCAAACUUCAGUUGCCUGUUAUCAACAUUUCCUCCCUUAAGGUCAUUUUUGAAGAUCAGAGAACUAAUGCAUCUGCUGCAGCUGCUAGAGUCAAAGAAAGUUUAUGGCGUUCACUGGAGGAGGACAUAAUCCCAUCGUCUACUGCCAGGUCCAAUUGGCUGGAAUUACAGUCAAAGAUUAUGCCAAGAAAGUAUAAAGAAUCAAAUAUUUGUGUGGCAGGAGAAGCAUUAAAAGUGGAUAUUGAAUUUAAAAACCCUCUACAAAUCCCUAUUUCUGUCUCAAGUGUUUCUUUGAUGUGUGAGCUCUGUGCAAAUCCUGAAGAAGAUGCUAAUAGUUCGAACAAUGAGGUCCAGAAUAAUGAAGACAGAACAUCAACCUCCUCUGGGGAUAUUAACUCAUGUUUGAUUUUAUCUGAGGUUGACUUUUCCUUAGAAGGGGGUGAAACAACUGUGGUGCAACUAACUGUUACUCCAAGAAUAGAAGGCAUUCUGAAAAUUGUUGGUGUGAAAUGGAAAUUGUCAAGUGCAGUGGUGGGUUUAUGUAAUUUUGAGUUUAACCCUGUGAACAGAGUUGUCAGGGGAAGAAGGAAACAGCAUUCUCCUAGCAGUGACUUGAAGUUUCUAGUGAUUAAGAGUCUACCCAGACUUCAGGGUUUUAUUCAUUCUUUACCAGAAAAAACCUAUGCGGGAGACUUACGGCCUCUUGUGUUGGAACUAAGUAACCAAUCAAAAUCUCCUGUCAAGAACCUAAAGAUGAAGAUCAGCAAUCCUAGAUUUCUAUAUGCUGGGAACCAAAAGGAGUUGAAUGCAGACUUUCCUGCAUGCUUAAAAAAGAAGAUGAAUGUUGAGAAAAGCGGCAGGCAUGCUAAUGUUAAUAAAACAUUGCAGAAUUUGUAUCACUUUCCUGAGGACAUAUCCGUGCAGGAGGAAACAUCAUUAUCAUGGCCUCUUUGGUUUCACGCUGCUGUUCCUGGAAAUAUUCCUUUGUACAUUACAAUAUAUUACGAAAUGGAAGGUGUAUCAAGCAUCAUGAAAUAUCGCACUCUACGCAUGCAUUAUAAUUUGCAGGUUUUACCUUCAUUGGAUGUAUCGUUUCAACUUAGUACUCGCCCAUCAAGAUCGCAAGAGUUCCUCUUGCGCAUGGAUGUUGUCAACAAGACGAGUUCCGAAUGUUUUCAGGUUCAUCAGUUGUCGUCUGUUGGGCAGCAAUGGGAAAUCUCAUUGCUUCAACCUGUUGAUAGCAUCUUACCUUCUCAGUCUUUAUUUGCUGGCCAGUCACUUUCGUGUUUCUUCAUGCUUAAGGAUCGCAGGAGGUCAUCAACUUCUGAAGAUAGUAUUCCUUCUCUUUCACAUAUUCAAAGUGACGUAAGGUUGGGCCCUCAGGAUAACAGUGAAGCCUUCUUUGAUGUAUCGAGUUCACCUUUGGCCGAUUUCCAUGACUGUGAAAGAUCAUCCCGGGGAAUGUCAUCUCAGGGGUGUGAAUAUAAAGUUGAUUUCGUGUUCAUCACUCAACUGCUGAAGGGUAAUAGUGAUUCCAGUUCUAAUACACCACUUGUGUUUUCCCAUCAUGCUUGUGAUUGCAGUCCUUCUAGCAUGAGUCCGAUAUCAUGGUUAGUAGACGGACCUCGAACCAUUCAACAUAACUUCUCGGCUCCUCCAUGUGAAGUAAACUUGAAGAUGACUAUAACCAACUCAUCCGAUGCCAUUGCAUCUGUCCAUAUCAACACCUUUGAUUCCCCCAGUAGUAACAACCAACUGAUCAACGAUGCCACCACAUCUCAGCCUCCAGAACACCAAUCAGGGUGGUCAGAAAUUCCCAUCGUGAACGAUACAAAGAUCAUCACAACUGAAGCCCUCACAACCCGUGUUCCCAAAUCAUUAUCCCUCGAAAGUGUCCCCCAAUUCAUUUGGUCAGGCACAAGCUCCACUAAACUCGUACUUCAACCUCGGUCAACUGCUGAAAUCCCUCUUCAGAUUUGUGUUUUCACUCCCGGGAUAUACGACUUAUCAAACUACAUCUUAAAUUGGAACCUUACGCCCGUUAACGAUGGAGAAAACCAAGGAGAAGCAAACAAGUCAACCGGAGUUUGCCAAGGAUAUCCGUAUUACCUAUCCGUGCUCGAAUCUAAUUUUAAAGAUUAGUUUAAUGAUUUUUUUACCAGUUUCAUUUUAUAUGCACCAUUACUGACGAGAUAUUUGGUUGUAGUAAUUUUUGUAACUUUUUUUCCUCACAUUUAUGGUGCCUUAAAAUGUAUAAUUCUUGGUAUAAUAGGAAUUUGAGAAGGUAGGAGAUGAGUACA